AUGCGUCGCCUGUCGAUCACCUCACUGUUCGUCUGCUUCUGGUUGGUGGAGAGGGGUCAGUGUGACGCUAGCCUUCAGGACACCAUGGGAGAGCUGCACACAGAGUUCGCCGUCAGCCUCUACAAAGCGCUCAAAGAGACCGAGAACAACUCCAACCUGAUCGUGUCGCCGGUGAGCGUCUCGCUGUCCUUGGGACUUCUGCAGCUGGGCGCCCGUGGCAACACGCUGGCACAACUGGAGGCAUCACUGGGAUAUGACCUCAACGGUAAGAACCCCACCACCUACAGCCUAUGACCCCGGCCGGAACACAUGUAUACCAGGGUCGGCAUGGGUUCGAAUCCGGCACACUGUCCUUUCACUCACCCUCGCCUAUGUUCCCCAUCUUUCACAAUGUACUAUAUUUUCACACAAAAAAAAUCUUAUAAAGGAGUGAGACUGCCCCAGACCCCAAAGAUAUAUAUAUAUAUAUAUAUAUAUAUAUUUAUAUAUUUAAGAACCCACCACCAAGCAGGGCUAAGAGUUCAAAAGGCAUCCAGAGGAGUGCAGCAGGUUGCUGGGUGGUCAGGUUACUGGGUGGUCAGGUUACUGGGUGGUCAGGUUACUGGGUGGUCAGGUUACUGGGUGGUCAGACUACUGGGUGGUCAGACUACUGGGUGGUCAGACUACUGGGUGGUCAGGUUACUGGGUGGUCAGACUACUGGGUGGUCAGACUACUGGGUGGUCAGGUUGCUGGGUGGUCAGACUGCUGGGUGGUCAGGUUACUGGGUGGUCAGACUACUGGGUGGUCAGGUUACUGGGUGGUCAGACUACUGGGUGGUCAGGUUGAACUAACUGGGUGGUCAGGUUACUGGGUUGUCAGGUUGCUGGGUGGUCAGGUUACUGGGUGGUCAGGUUGCUGGGUGGUCAGGUUGCUGGGUGGUCAGGUUACUGGGUGGUCAGGUUGCUGGGUGGUCAGGUUACUGGGUGGUCAGGCUACUGGGUGGUCAGGCUACUGGGUGGUCAGGUUGCUGGGUGGUCAGGUUACUGGGUGGUCAGGUUACUGGGUGGUCAGGCUACUGGGUGGUCAGACUGCUGGGUGGUCAGGUUACUGGGUGGUCAGGCUACUGGGUGGUCAGGCUACUGGGUGGUCAGACUACUGGGUGGUCAGGUUACUGGGUGGUCAGACUACUGGGUGGUCAGGUUACUGGGUGGUCAGACUACUGGGUGGUCAGACUACUGGGUGGUCAGACUACUGGGUGGUCAGACUACUGGGUGGUCAGGUUACUGGGUGGUCAGACUACUGGGUGUCAGUACUGGGUGGUCAGACUACUGGGUGGUCAGACACGACUUGGUGGUCAACUGGGUGGUCAGGUUACUGGGUGGUCAGGUUGCUGGGUGGUCAGGUUGCUGGGUGGUCAGGUUACUGGGUGGUCAGGUUACUGGGUGGUCAGGUUACUGGGUGGUCAGGUUGCUGGGUGGUCAGGUUACUGGGUGGUCAGGUUACUGGGUGGUCAGGUUACUGGGUGGUCAGGUUACUGGGUGGUCAGGUUACUGGGUGGUCAGACUACUGGGUGGUCAGGUUACUGGGUGGUCAGACUGCUGGGUGGUCAGGUUACUGGGUGGUCAGGCUACUGGGUGGUCAGGCUACUGGGUGGUCAGGCUACUGGGUGGUCAGGCUACUGGGUGUGCAGGCUUGCGUUCAAAGCCCAUCACCAACACACCUUGUUCAACCAAUCAAGGUCUUGAUGAGAAGUCGAUUCUAAAGCAAUUUUAGUGCUGGGGUGGAACAAAAGCCUGCAUUUGAUUUGCAUACCCCUAUAACUCUCCAGGCCCAGUCAGUGGGGGUGGGGGCCACAGCUGUUGAGUGCUGGUAUAACAUGCUGUGCUGGUACAAAGACUGAACACUGUAAGUAGCAUCUACUAAGUGUUGGUUUAUUUUGCUCUCCAUUACUGUUUGUUCAAGUGUUUCUGUGUGUUCAUACCAUUCCCUUAAACUGAUGCUGGGCUGCACCACUGGUACGGGGUCCUGUGGGCCGGCUGGUACGGGGUCCUGUGGGCCGGCUGGUACUGGGUCCUGUGGGCCGGCUGGUACUGGGUCCUGUGGGCCGGCUGGUACUGGGUCCUGUGGUCCGGCUGGUACGGGGUCCUGUGGGCCGGCUGGUACGGAGUCCUGUGGGCCGGCUGGUACGGGGUCCGGUGGGCCGGCUGGUACGGAGUCCGGUGGGCCGGCUGGUACGGGGUCCUGUGGGCCGGUUGGUAAAGGGUCCUGUGGGCAGGUUGGUACGGGCUCCUGUGGGCCAGUUGGUACGGGGUCAUGUGGGCCGGCUGGUACGGGGUCCUGUGGGCCGGCUGGUACGGGUCCUGUGGGCCGGCUGGUACGGAGUCCUGUGGGCCGGCUGGUACGGGGUCCUGUGGGCCGGCUGGUACGGGGUCCUGUGGGCCGGCUGGUACGGAGUCCUGUGGGCCGGCUGGUACGGGGUCCUGUGGGCCGGCUGGUACGGAGUCCUGUGGGCCGGCUGGUACGGGGUCCUGUGGACCGGCUGGUACGGGGUCCUGUGGGGGUCCUGUGGGCCGGUUGGUACGGGGUCCUGUGGGCCGGUUGGUACGGGGUCCUGUGGGCCGGUUGGUACGGGGUCCUGUGGGCCGGUUGGUACGGGGUCCUGUGGGCCGGUUGGUACGGGGUCCUGUGGGCCGGCUGGCCAGGCAGGGCAGGGCAGGGUAGAGUGGUGUCUGGAGCCCUAACGCCUGCCCCUGCUCUAUAAUCUGAUUAUUCAGAGGGUAAUACUGAGACUCUGGGGUCGAAAGGCCACUGUGUUACACUGCAUGGUGAAAGCAGACACUAGCCAAGAGUUCAGAAGGUACUCAAGACAUGUAGAGAUGGACUUACAGGGACAUAAACAUAUUUUCUUGAUUUAUAAGCAUACUUGAUGGAGAAAAGGUGCAGGUGCAUGGUGUCAGAGUGAAGAAAACCAAGGGUGCUAUCCAUGUGGUAUGGACCUGGUAACUCAAAUAGGCCUAAACGCAGAGCUGGAUUAUAUGGGUUGGCCAACCUCUCUGGUCUCUUUUUCACUCAUGUUUUGGAAUACAUAGUUUCCACAUGAUGUUUUAUGAUGUUUUGGAAUACAUACAGUUUCCAUUUGGUUUUUCACUAUCUGGCCAAGUUGCAAAGUUGGAAGCCCCACCCAUUUCUACAAUUUAUCUUCUUAAAAUCUGAUUUUAAAUCUAACCCUAACCACACUGCUAACCUUAUGCCUAUCUCUAACCACACUGCUAACCUUAUGCCUAACCCUAACCACACUGCUAACCUUAUGCCUAACCCUAACCUUAAAUUAAAGACCAAAAAUCUCAUCUAGUGGGAACCUUUCCAUUUGGCCUAGCCACUGAUCCCACUUCCUGUCUCUCCAGACAUGCAAGUGCAGGACUUCCUGUUGCGGUCGCAGGGGGACGUGGGUAACUCCAGUCACGGGGUGCGGCUCCAGCAGGCAUGCGCCCUGUUCAUCCAGACUGGCGUCCAGAUCCUUCCUGCUUUUACCCAGCAUGCAGCAUCCCUGAGCAACAGCAGUCUGGUCCGAGCCAACUUCAGUCAGCCCAACCACACCCACAGCCAGCUGGAACAGUGGGGACGCAACCAUGGCACCGGUGAGCCGCUCCAGUCCGGUGGCAGCGGGGAGCGGUUUGGGUCUGGCGAGGCCCUCCAGCCCGGUGGCAGCGGGGAGCGGUUUGGGUCUGGCGAGGCCCAGGGAGAGACCUCGUGGUGGGGCAAGCGGCUGCAGAUGGCCCUGGUCAACACAGUGAACUUCCGGGGAGUGUGGCAGAAACAGUUCCUCUUCACUGACACCCAGAACCUUCCCUUCACCCUGUCGGACGGCAGCACCAUCAAGGUGCCCAUGAUGUACCAGGCCACAGAGGUCAACUUUGGUAAGUAGUAGUAUAUUUUAAAAGGGACCAUGUGCAAUUAAAAGCACAUUUCAGACGGUGAAAUAUGUUUGCACAAAAGUUCAUUUUUCAACCGCAGUCCGUAGUGAGAACAGAGAAGAGCAAUAGUUUUCUGUCUGUCCUUUUUUUGCUGUAAGUUCAUCCCUUACAUACUUAUCGGUUCAACCCUCACUAACUUAUCGGUUCAGCCCUCACUAACUUAUCGGUUCAGCCCUCACUAACUUAUCGGUUCAGCCCUCACUAACUUAUCGGUUCAACCCUCUCUAACUUAUCGGUUCAACCCUCACUAACUUAUCGGUUCAGCCCUCUAACUUAUCGGUUCAGCCCUCUAACUUAUCGGUUCAGCCCUCUAACUUAUCGGUUCAGCCCUCUAACUUAUCGGUUCAGCCCUCUAACUUAUCGGUUCAGCCCUCUAACUUAUCGGUUCAGCCCUCACUAACUUAUCGGUUCAGCCCUCACUAACUUAUCGGUUCAGCCCUCACUAACUUAUCGGUUCAGCCCUCACUAACUUAUCGGUUCAGCCCUCACUAACUUAUCGGUUCAGCCCUCACUAACUUAUCGGUUCAGCCCUCUAACUUAUCGGUUCAGCCCUCUAACUUAUCGGUUCAGCCCUCUAACUUAUCGGUUCAGCCCUCUAACUUAUCGGUUCAGCCCUCUAACUUAUCGGUUCAGCCCUCACUAACUUAUCGGUUCAACCCUCACUAACUUAUCGGUUCAGCCCUCACUAACUUAUCGGUUCAACCCUCACUAACUUAUCGGUUCAACCCUCACUAACUUAUCGGUUCAGCCCUCACUAACUUAUCGGUUCAGCCCUCGCUAACUUAUCGGUUCAGCCCUCACUAACUUAUCGGUUCAACCCUCACUAACUUAUCGGUUCAGCCCUCACUAACUUAUCGGUUCAGCCCUCACUGACUUAUCGGUUCAACCCUCACUAACUUAUCGGUUCAACCCUCACUAACUUAUCGGUUCAGCCCUCUAACUUAUCGGUUCAGCCCUCUAACUUAUCGGUUCAGCCCUCACUAACUUAUCGGUUCAGCCCUCACUAACUUAUCGGUUCAGCCCUCACUAACUUAUCGGUUCAGCCCUCACUAACUUAUCGGUUCAGCCCUCACUAACUUAUCGGUUCAACCCUCACUAACUUAUCGGUUCAACCCUCACUAACUUAUCGGUUCAACCCUCUCUAACUUAUCGGUUCAGCCCUCUAACUUAUCGGUUCAGCCCUCUAACUUAUCGGUUCAGCCCUCUAACUUAUCGGUUCAGCCCUCACUAACUUAUCGGUUCAGCCCUCACUAACUUAUCGGUUCAGCCCUCACUAACUUAUCGGUUCAGCCCUCUAACUUAUCGGUUCAGCCCUCUAACUUAUCGGUUCAGCCCUCUAACUUAUCGGUUUAGCCCUCUAACUUAUCGGUUUAGCCCUCUAACUUAUCGGUUCAGCCCUCUAACUUAUCGGUUCAGCCCACUAACUUAUCGGUUCAGCCCUCACUAACUUAUCGGUUCAGCCCUCUAACUUAUCGGUUCAGCCCUCUAACUUAUCGGUUCAGCCCUCUAACUUAUCGGUUCAGCCCUCUAACUUAUCGGUUCAGCCCUCUAACUUAUCGGUUCAGCCCUCUAACUUAUCGGUUCAGCCCUCUAACUUAUCGGUUCAGCCCUCUAACUUAUCGGUUCAGCCCUCACUAACUUAUCGGUUCAGCCCUCACUAACUUAUCGGUUCAGCCCUCACUAACUUAUCGGUUCAACCCUCACUAACUUAUCGGUUCAACCCUCACUAACUUAUCGGUUCUGCCCUCACUAACUUAUUGGUUCAGCCCUCACUAACUUAUCGGUUCAUCCCUUACAUACUUAUCGGUUCAACACUCACUAACUUAUCAGUUCAUCCCUUACAUACUUAUCGGUUCAAGCCUCACUAACUUAUCAGUUCAUCCCUUACAUACUUAUCGGUUCAAGCCUCACUAACUUAUCAGUUUCAAGCCCUCACUAUCGAUUAUAAGCCUCAUCUUACCGGUUCAGCUACAUAAUUAUUUCAAGCCUCACUAAUAUCGUUCAGCCCUUACUAUCGUUCAGCCAUCAGCCCUCACUAACUUAUCGGUUCGCCUCACUAACUUAUCGGUUCAGCCCUCUACACUAACUUAUCGGUUCAGCCCUCACUAACUUUAUCGGUUCAGCCCUCACUAACUUAUCGGUUCAGCCCUCAGCUAACUUAUCGGUCAGCCUCACUAACUAUCGGUUAGCCCUCCUAACUUAUCGGUUCAGCUCAUCGUCCCCUCACUAACUUACGUUCGCCCUCAUAACUUAUCGGUUCAGCCCUCACUAAAACUUAUCAGGUUCAGCCCUCUAAUUAUCGGUUCAGCCCUCUAACUUAUCGGGUUUCAGCCCUCUCACUAACUUAUCGGUUCAGCCUACUCGUUAACCACUUUCGGUUCAGCCCCACUACUUAUCGGUUCACCCUAACUUAUCGGUUCAUUCAGCCCUCACUAACUUAUCGGUUCAGCCCUCACUAACUUAUUGGUUCAGCCCUCACUAACUUAUCAGUUCAGCCCUCUAACUUAUCGGUUCAGCCCUCACUAACUUAUCGGUUCAGCCCUCUAACUUAUCGGUUCAGCCCUCUAACUUAUCGGUUCAGCCUCACUAACUUAUCGUUCAGCCCUCCUAACUUAUCGGUUCAGCCCUCACUAACUUAUCGGUUCAGCCCUCUAACUUAUCGGUUCAGCCCUCUAACUUAUCGGUUCAGCCCUCUAACUUAUCGGUUCAGCCCUCUAACUUAUCGGUUCAGCCCUCUAACUUAUCGGUUCAGCCCUCUAACUUAUCGGUUCAGCCCUCUGACUUAUCGGUUCAGCCCUCACUAACUUAUCGGUUCAACCCUCACUAACUUAUCGGUUCAGCCCUCACUAACUUAUCGGUUCACCCUCACUAACUUAUCGGUUCAACCCUCACUAACUUAUCGGUUCAACCCUCACUAACUUAUCGGUUCUGCCCUCACUAACUUAUUGGUUCAGCCCUCACUAACUUAUCGGUUCAUCCCUUACAUACUUAUCGGUUCAACACUCACAAACUUAUCAGUUCAUCCCUUACAUACUUAUCGGUUCAAGCCUCACUAACUUAUCAGUUCAUCCCUUACAUACUUAUCGGUUCAAGCCUCACUAACUUAUCAGUUCAGCCCUCACUAACUUACCGGUUCAGCCCUUACAUACUUAUCGAUUCAAGCCUCACUAACUUAUCCGUUCAGCCCUUACAUACUUAUCGGUUCAGCCCUCACUAAUUUAUCGGUUCAGCCCUCACUAACUUAUCGGUUCAAGCCUCACUAACUUAUCGGUUCAACCCUCACUAACUUAUCGGUUCAGCCCUCACUAACUUAUCGGUUCAGCCCUCACUAACUUAUCGGUUCAAGCCUCACUAACUUAUCGGUUCAGGCCUCACUAACUUAUCGGUUCAGCCCUCACUAACUUAUCGGUUCAUCCCUUACUUAUCGGUUCGUCCCUUGCUUACUUAUCGUUUCGUUCCUUGCUUACUUAUUGGUUCUUCCCUUGCUUAUUUAUCAGUUCAACCCUCACUAACGUAUUGGUUCUUCCCUUGCUUACUUAUCGUUUCGUCCCUUGCUUACUUAUCCUUUUGUCCCUUGCUUACUUAUUGGUUCUUCCCUUGCUUAUUUAUCAGUUCUCCUUACUUAUUUAUCGGUUCAUCACUUACUUUUCAAUUAAUCACUUACAUACAGUCAAAUCAAAUCAUCAAGCACAAAACAACAGUUUGAGUUUUGAUUCGUAGUAUAGUAAUUAAGAUAAUUCGACAUAUUACAAGACAUUGUAAAGUAUUAAUGUUUAGUGCUUCUAUAUCUGCAUUGCUUGAUCUUUGGGGUUUCAGGCUGGGUAUCUGUAAAGCACUGUGACAACUGCUGAUGUAAAAAAGGGCUAUAUAAAAUAAAUGUGCUUGAUUGAUUAUAUCCUGUGGUCUUAUUUAAACUGUCCCUCCGUUGGUUUCCCCUCUAUGUGCAGGUCAGUUCCGCACCCUGUCAGACCAGCGCUACACGGUCUUGGAGCUGCCGUACCUGGGCCGCUUUCUCAGCCUGCUGGUGGCUCUGCCCAGUGACAGGAAGACACCUCUGUCCUCGCUGGAAUCCCAGAUAACCCCCCGCGCUGUGGCCACCUGGGACACUGGCCUCCGCAGAACCAAGAUGGAUGUUUUCCUCCCCAGGUACACAUUGAUCUCAAUAUGUAUUUAUUUGAACUUUUGCUAUACCAGGGUAGUCGCGUUGAUAUAUAUAUAUAUAUAUAUAUAUAUAUAUAUAUAUAUAUAUAUAUAUAUAUAUCUUAGCCCAAAGUGUCCUAACCUCCAUGGUGUCUGAUCCACUGGCCAAACAGGUGAAUGGUAGCGUAAUGGACUGGCUUUUACUUACAGGUUUAAAAUGCAGAACAGGUUCAACCUGAGGUCGGUUCUGCCGUCAAUGGGGGUCAGUGACGCCUUCAACCCAAUGGCAGCAGACUUCACUGGCAUCUCAGGUGCAGUACACUCACUCAACUGCCUUAUUCUGGUUUUAUAUGAGAUCCAUUAGGCUGAUCCUAGAUCAGUUUGUGGUUUUGCCUACUCCAUUGUCAUGCAUGACAAUUUCAUAAGGUGUUGGCUCGAGGGCAGCAACAGACUGGCACCCAGGCUAGAGAUCCAAGUCAUCCUCAGUACUCUGCACCCAGGCUAGAGAUCCAAGUCAUCCUCAGUACUCUGCACCCAGGCUAGAGAUCCAAGUCAUCCUCAGUACUCUGCACCCAGGCUAGAGAUCCAAGUCAUCCUCAGUAGCAGAUGACUGUCCAGUACUUACAGCAUUGUGUUGUUCUCUCUCCACAGCGGAGGAGGGCCUGUACGUGUCCGAUGCCUUUCAUGAGGCCAGGAUAGAGGUAACAGAGGAUGGGACCAAGGCCGCUGCGGCCACAGCUAUGGUGCUACUCAAACGCUCCCGCGCUCCCGUCUUCAAAGCAGACCGACCUUUCUUCUUCCUCUUGCGACAAGUCAGCACAGGUAGGCCUACAAUACAAACAUUAACAGAUAACUAACAUUAUGCGUGAUCACUUCAAUAGUCAUCACUGAUGUCAUGGCACUAUUUUGGCGUUUUAUUGCCGUUACAGCAUCACCUUGUUAGUUUGGGCUUCUAUUCACCAUCCCCCUCUCUCUCUCUCUCUCUCUCCAGGAUCUGUUCUAUUCAUGGGGCGUGUGGUGAAUCCAGCUGAACAGGCACCCUAG